AUGCCCUAUGUCUAUGCGCUCUGUCUAUGCCCUCUGUCUAUGCCCUAUGUCUAUGCCCUCUGUCUAUGCCCUCUGUCUAUGCCCUCUGUCUAUGCCCUCUGUCUAUGCCCUCUGUCUAUGCCCUCUGUCUAUGCCCUCUGUCUAUGCCCUAUGUCUAUGCCCUAUGUCUAUGCCCUCUGUCUAUGCCCUCUGUCUAUGCCCUCUGUCUAUGCCCUCUGUCUAUGCCCUAUGUCUAUGCCCUCUGUCUAUGCCCUCUGUCUAUGCCCUAUGUCUAUGCCCUCUGUCUAUGCCCUCUGUCUAUGCCCUAUGUCUAUGCCCUCUGUCUAUGCCCUCUGUCUAUGCCCUCUGUCUAUGCCCUAUGUCUAUGCCCUCUGUCUAUGCCCUCUGUCUAUGCCCUAUGUCUAUGCCCUCUGUCUAUGCCCUCUGUCUAUGCCCUCUGUCUAUGCCCUCUGUCUAUGCCCUAUGUCUAUGCCCUCUGUCUAUGCCCUAUGUCUAUGCCCUCUGUCUAUGCCCUCUGUCUAUGCCCUCUGUCUAUGCCCUCUGUCUAUGCCCUCUGUCUAUGCCCUCUGUCUAUGCCCUCUGUCUAUGCCCUCUGUCUAUGCCCUAUGUCUAUGCCCUCUGUCUAUGCCCUCUGUCUAUGCCCUCUGUCUAUGCCCUAUGUCUAUGCCCUCUGUCUAUGCCCUCUGUCUAUGCCCUAUGUCUAUGCCCUCUGUCUAUGCCCUCUGUCUAUGCCCUCUGUCUAUGCCCUAUGUCUAUGCCCUCUGUCUAUGCCCUAUGUCUAUGCCCUCUGUCUAUGCCCUCUGUCUAUGCCCUAUGUUUAUGCCCUCUGUCUAUGCCCUCUGUCUAUGCCCUCUGUCUAUGCCCUCUGUCUAUGCCCUCUGUCUAUGCCCUCUGUCUAUGCCCUCUGUCUAUGCCCUAUGUCUAUGCCCUCUGUCUAUGCCCUAUGUCUAUGCCCUCUGUCUAUGCCCUCUGUCUAUGCCCUCUGUCUAUGCCCUCUGUCUAUGCCCUCUGUCUAUGCCCUCUGUCUAUGCCCUCUGUCUAUGCCCUCUGUCUAUGCCCUCUGUCUAUGCCCUAUGUCUAUGCCCUCUGUCUAUGCCCUCUGUCUAUGCCCUCUGUCUAUGCCCUAUGUCUAUGCCCUCUGUCUAUGCCCUCUGUCUAUGCCCUAUGUCUAUGCCCUCUGUCUAUGCCCUCUGUCUAUGCCCUCUGUCUAUGCCCUAUGUCUAUGCCCUCUGUCUAUGCCCUAUGUCUAUGCCCUCUGUCUAUGCCCUCUGUCUAUGCCCUAUGUUUAUGCCCUCUGUCUAUGCCCUCUGUCUAUGCCCUCUGUCUAUGCCCUCUGUCUAUGCCCUCUGUCUAUGCCCUCUGUCUAUGCCCUCUGUCUAUGCCCUCUGUCUAUGCCUCUGUCUAUGCCCUAUGUCUAUGCCCUCUGUCUAUGCCCUCUGUCUAUGCCCUCUGUCUAUGCCCUCUGUCUAUGCCCUCUGUCUAUGCCCUAUGUCUAUGCCCUCUGUCUAUGCCCUCUGUCUAUGCCCUCUGUCUAUGCCCUAUGUCUAUGCCCUCUGUCUAUGCCCUCUGUCUACUGCCUAUGUCUAUGCCCUCUGUCUAUGCCCUCUGUCUAUGCCCUCUGUCUAUGCCCUAUGUCUAUGCCCUCUGUCUAUGCCCUCUGUCUAUGCCCUCUGUCUAUGCCCUCUGUCUAUGCCCUCUGUCUAUGCCCUCUGUCUAUGCCCUCUGUCUAUGCCCUCUGUCUAUGCCCUCUGUCUAUGCCCUCUGUCUAUGCCCUCUGUCUAUGCCCUCUGUCUAUGCCCUCUGUCUAUGCCCUCUGUCUAUGCCCUCUGUCUAUGCCCUCUGUCUAUGCCCUCUGUCUAUGCCCUCUGUCUAUGCCCUCUGUCUAUGCCCUAUGUCUAUGCCCUCUGUCUAUGCCCUCUGUCUAUGCCCUAUGUCUAUGCCCUCUGUCUAUGCCCUCUGUCUAUGCCCUAUGUCUAUGCCCUCUGUCUAUGCCCUCUGUCUAUGCCCUAUGUCUAUGCCCUCUGUCUAUGCCCUCUGUCUAUGCCCUCUGUCUAUGCCCUCUGUCUAUGCCCUAUGUCUAUGCCCUCUGUCUAUGCCCUCUGUCUAUGCCCUCUGUCUAUGCCCUCUGUCUAUGCCCUAUGUCUAUGCCCUCUGUCUAUGCCCUAUGUCUAUGCCCUCUGUCUAUACCCUCUGUCUAUGCCCUAUGUUUAUGCCCUCUGUCUAUGCCCUCUGUCUAUGCCCUCUGUCUAUGCCCUCUGUCUAUGCCCUCUGUCUAUGCCCUAUGUCUAUGCCCUCUGUCUAUGCCCUCUGUCUAUGCCCUCUGUCUAUGCCCUCUGUCUAUGCCCUCUGUCUAUGCCCUAUGUCUAUGCCCUCUGUCUAUGCCCUCUGUCUAUGUCCUCUGUCUAUGCCCUAUGUUUGUGCCCUCUGUCUAUGCCCUCUGUCUAUGCCCUCUGUCUAUGCCCUCUGUCUAUGCCCUCUGUCUAUGCCCUAUGUCUAUGCCCUCUGUCUAUGCCCUCUGUCUAUGCCCUCUGUCUAUGCCCUCUGUCUAUGCCCUCUGUCUAUGCCCUAUGUCUAUGCCCUCUGUCUAUGCCCUCUGUCUAUGCCCUCUGUCUAUGCCCUCUGUCUAUGCCCUAUGUUUAUGCCCUCUGUCUAUGCCCUAUGUCUAUGCCCUCUGUCUAUGCCCUCUGUCUAUGCCCUCUGUCUAUGCCCUCUGUCUAUGCCCUAUGUCUAUGCCCUCUGUCUAUGCCCUCUGUCUAUGCCCUCUGUCUAUGCCCUCUGUCUAUGCCCUAUGUCUAUGCCCUCUGUCUAUGCCCUAUGUCUAUGCCCUCUGUCUAUGCCCUCUGUCUAUGCCCUAUGUUUAUGCCCUCUGUCUAUGCCCUCUGUCUAUGCCCUCUGUCUAUGCCCUCUGUCUAUGCCCUCUGUCUAUGCCCUAUGUCUAUGCCCUCUGUCUAUGCCCUCUGUCUAUGCCCUCUGUCUAUGCCCUCUGUCUAUGCCCUCUGUCUAUGCCCUCUGUCUAUGCCCUCUGUCUAUGCCCUCUGUCUAUGCCCUCUGUCUAUGCCCUCUGUCUAUGCCCUCUGUCUAUGCCCUAUGUCUAUGCCCUCUGUCUAUGCCCUCUGUCUAUGCCCUCUGUCUAUGCCCUAUGUCUAUGCCCUCUGUCUAUGCCCUCUGUCUAUGCCCUAUGUCUAUGCCCUCUGUCUAUGCCCUCUGUCUAUGCCCUCUGUCUAUGCCCUCUGUCUAUGCCCUAUGUCUAUGCCCUCUGUCUAUGCCCUCUGUCUAUGCCCUCUGUCUAUGCCCUCUGUCUAUGCCCUAUGUCUAUGCCCUCUGUCUAUGCCCUAUGUCUAUGCCCUCUGUCUAUGCCCUCUGUCUAUGCCCUAUGUUUAUGCCCUCUGUCUAUGCCCUCUGUCUAUGCCCUCUGUCUAUGCCCUCUGUCUAUGCCCUCUGUCUAUGCCCUCUGUCUAUGCCCUCUGUCUAUGCCCUAUGUCUAUGCCCUCUGUCUAUGCCCUAUGUCUAUGCCCUAUGUCUAUGCCCUCUGUCUAUGCCCUCUGUCUAUGCCCUCUGUCUAUGCCCUCUGUCUACGCCCUCUGUCUAUGCCCUCUGUCUAUGCCCUCUGUCUAUGCCCUAUGUCUAUGCCCUCUGUCUAUGCCCUCUGACUAUGCCCUCUGUCUAUGCCCUAUGUCUAUGCCCUCUGUCUAUGCCCUCUGUCUAUGCCCUAUGUCUAUGCCCUCUGUCUAUGCCCUCUGUCUAUGCCCUAUGUCUAUGCCCUCUGUCUAUGCCCUAUGUCUAUGCGCUCUGUCUAUGCCCUCUGUCUAUGCCCUAUGUCUAUGCCCUCUGUCUAUGCCCUCUGUCUAUGCCCUCUGUCUAUGCCCUCUGUCUAUGCCCUCUGUCUAUGCCCUCUGUCUAUGCCCUCUGUCUAUGCCCUAUGUCUAUGCCCUAUGUCUAUGCCCUCUGUCUAUGCCCUCUGUCUAUGCCCUCUGUCUAUGCCCUCUGUCUAUGCCCUAUGUCUAUGCCCUCUGUCUAUGCCCUCUGUCUAUGCCCUAUGUCUAUGCCCUCUGUCUAUGCCCUCUGUCUAUGCCCUAUGUCUAUGCCCUCUGUCUAUGCCCUCUGUCUAUGCCCUCUGUCUAUGCCCUAUGUCUAUGCCCUCUAUCUAUGCCCUCUGUCUAUGCCCUAUGUCUAUGCCCUCUGUCUAUGCCCUCUGUCUAUGCCCUCUGUCUAUGCCCUCUGUCUAUGCCCUAUGUCUAUGCCCUCUGUCUAUGCCCUAUGUCUAUGCCCUCUGUCUAUGCCCUCUGUCUAUGCCCUCUGUCUAUGCCCUCUGUCUAUGCCCUCUGUCUAUGCCCUCUGUCUAUGCCCUCUGUCUAUGCCCUCUGUCUAUGCCCUAUGUCUAUGCCCUCUGUCUAUGCCCUCUGUCUAUGCCCUCUGUCUAUGCCCUAUGUCUAUGCCCUCUGUCUAUGCCCUCUGUCUAUGCCCUAUGUCUAUGCCCUCUGUCUAUGCCCUCUGUCUAUGCCCUCUGUCUAUGCCCUAUGUCUAUGCCCUCUGUCUAUGCCCUAUGUCUAUGCCCUCUGUCUAUGCCCUCUGUCUAUGCCCUAUGUUUAUGCCCUCUGUCUAUGCCCUCUGUCUAUGCCCUCUGUCUAUGCCCUCUGUCUAUGCCCUCUGUCUAUGCCCUCUGUCUAUGCCCUCUGUCUAUGCCCUCUGUCUAUGCCCUAUGUCUAUGCCCUCUGUCUAUGCCCUCUGUCUAUGCCCUCUGUCUAUGCCCUCUGUCUAUGCCCUCUGUCUAUGCCCUAUGUCUAUGCCCUCUGUCUAUGCCCUCUGUCUAUGCCCUCUGUCUAUGCCCUAUGUCUAUGCCCUCUGUCUAUGCCCUCUGUCUAUGCCCUCUGUCUAUGCCCUAUGUCUAUGCCCUCUGUCUAUGCCCUCUGUCUAUGCCCUAUGUCUAUGCCCUCUGUCUAUGCCCUCUGUCUAUGCCCUCUGUCUAUGCCCUCUGUCUAUGCCCUAUGUCUAUGCCCUCUGUCUAUGCCCUCUGUCUAUGCCCUCUGUCUAUGCCCUCUGUCUAUGCCCUAUGUCUAUGCCCUCUGUCUAUGCCCUAUGUCUAUGCCCUCUGUCUAUACCCUCUGUCUAUGCCCUAUGUUUAUGCCCUCUGUCUAUGCCCUCUGUCUAUGCCCUCUGUCUAUGCCCUCUGUCUAUGCCCUCUGUCUAUGCCCUAUGUCUAUGCCCUCUGUCUAUGCCCUCUGUCUAUGCCCUCUGUCUAUGCCCUCUGUCUAUGCCCUCUGUCUAUGCCCUAUGUCUAUGCCCUCUGUCUAUGCCCUCUGUCUAUGCCCUCUGUCUAUGCCCUCUGUCUAUGCCCUAUGUUUAUGCCCUCUGUCUAUGCCCUAUGUCUAUGCCCUCUGUCUAUGCCCUCUGUCUAUGCCCUCUGUCUAUGCCCUCUGUCUAUGCCCUAUGUCUAUGCCCUCUGUCUAUGCCCUCUGUCUAUGCCCUCUGUCUAUGCCCUCUGUCUAUGCCCUCUGUCUAUGCCCUAUGUCUAUGCCCUCUGUCUAUGCCCUCUGUCUAUGCCCUCUGUCUAUGCCCUAUGUCUAUGCCCUCUGUCUAUGCCCUCUGUCUAUGCCCUAUGUCUAUGCCCUCUGUCUAUGCCCUCUGUCUAUGCCCUCUGUCUAUGCCCUCUGUCUAUGCCCUAUGUCUAUGCCCUCUGUCUAUGCCCUCUGUCUAUGCCCUCUGUCUAUGCCCUCUGUCUAUGCCCUAUGUCUAUGCCCUCUGUCUAUGCCCUAUGUCUAUGCCCUCUGUCUAUACCCUCUGUCUAUGCCCUAUGUUUGUGCCUCUGUCUAUGCCCUCUGUCUAUGCCCUCUGUCUAUGCCCUCUGUCUAUGCCCUCUGUCUAUGCCCUAUGUCUAUGCCCUCUGUCUAUGCCCUCUGUCUAUGCCCUCUGUCUAUGCCCUCUGUCUAUGCCCUAUGUCUAUGCCCUCUGUCUAUGCCCUCUGUCUAUGCCCUCUGUCUAUGCCCUCUGUCUAUGCCCUAUGUUUAUGCCCUCUGUCUAUGCCCUAUGUCUAUGCCCUCUGUCUAUGCCCUCUGUCUAUGCCCUCUGUCUAUGCCCUCUGUCUAUGCCCUAUGUCUAUGCCCUCUGUCUAUGCCCUCUGUCUAUGCCCUCUGUCUAUGCCCUCUGUCUAUGCCCUAUGUCUAUGCCCUCUGUCUAUGCCCUAUGUCUAUGCCCUCUGUCUAUGCCCUCUGUCUAUGCCCUAUGUUUAUGCCCUCUGUCUAUGCCCUCUGUCUAUGCCCUCUGUCUAUGCCCUCUGUCUAUGCCCUCUGUCUAUGCCCUAUGUCUAUGCCCUCUGUCUAUGCCCUCUGUCUAUGCCCUCUGUCUAUGCCCUCUGUCUAUGCCCUCUGUCUAUGCCCUCUGUCUAUGCCCUCUGUCUAUGCCCUCUGUCUAUGCCCUCUGUCUAUGCCCUCUGUCUAUGCCCUCUGUCUAUGCCCUCUGUCUAUGCCCUAUGUCUAUGCCCUCUGUCUAUGCCCUCUGUCUAUGCCCUCUGUCUAUGCCCUAUGUCUAUGCCCUCUGUCUAUGCCCUCUGUCUAUGCCCUAUGUCUAUGCCCUCUGUCUAUGCCCUCUGUCUAUGCCCUCUGUCUAUGCCCUCUGUCUAUGCCCUAUGUCUAUGCCCUCUGUCUAUGCCCUCUGUCUAUGCCCUCUGUCUAUGCCCUCUGUCUAUGCCCUAUGUCUAUGCCCUCUGUCUAUGCCCUAUGUCUAUGCCCUCUGUCUAUGCCCUCUGUCUAUGCCCUAUGUUUAUGCCCUCUGUCUAUGCCCUCUGUCUAUGCCCUCUGUCUAUGCCCUCUGUCUAUGCCCUCUGUCUAUGCCCUCUGUCUAUGCCCUCUGUCUAUGCCCUCUGUCUAUGCCCUAUGUCUAUGCCCUCUGUCUAUGCCCUAUGUCUAUGCCCUAUGUCUAUGCCCUCUGUCUAUGCCCUCUGUCUAUGCCCUCUGUCUAUGCCCUCUGUCUACGCCCUCUGUCUAUGCCCUCUGUCUAUGCCCUCUGUCUAUGCCCUAUGUCUAUGCCCUCUGUCUAUGCCCUCUGACUAUGCCCUCUGUCUAUGCCCUAUGUCUAUGCCCUCUGUCUAUGCCCUCUGUCUAUGCCCUAUGUCUAUGCCCUCUGUCUAUGCCCUCUGUCUAUGCCCUAUGUCUAUGCCCUCUGUCUAUGCCCUAUGUCUAUGCGCUCUGUCUAUGCCCUCUGUCUAUGCCCUAUGUCUAUGCCCUCUGUCUAUGCCCUCUGUCUAUGCCCUCUGUCUAUGCCCUCUGUCUAUGCCCUCUGUCUAUGCCCUCUGUCUAUGCCCUCUGUCUAUGCCCUAUGUCUAUGCCCUAUGUCUAUGCCCUCUGUCUAUGCCCUCUGUCUAUGCCCUCUGUCUAUGCCCUCUGUCUAUGCCCUAUGUCUAUGCCCUCUGUCUAUGCCCUCUGUCUAUGCCCUAUGUCUAUGCCCUCUGUCUAUGCCCUCUGUCUAUGCCCUAUGUCUAUGCCCUCUGUCUAUGCCCUCUGUCUAUGCCCUCUGUCUAUGCCCUAUGUCUAUGCCCUCUGUCUAUGCCCUCUGUCUAUGCCCUAUGUCUAUGCCCUCUGUCUAUGCCCUCUGUCUAUGCCCUCUGUCUAUGCCCUCUGUCUAUGCCCUAUGUCUAUGCCCUCUGUCUAUGCCCUAUGUCUAUGCCCUCUGUCUAUGCCCUCUGUCUAUGCCCUCUGUCUAUGCCCUCUGUCUAUGCCCUCUGUCUAUGCCCUCUGUCUAUGCCCUCUGUCUAUGCCCUCUGUCUAUGCCCUAUGUCUAUGCCCUCUGUCUAUGCCCUCUGUCUAUGCCCUCUGUCUAUGCCCUAUGUCUAUGCCCUCUGUCUAUGCCCUCUGUCUAUGCCCUAUGUCUAUGCCCUCUGUCUAUGCCCUCUGUCUAUGCCCUCUGUCUAUGCCCUAUGUCUAUGCCCUCUGUCUAUGCCCUAUGUCUAUGCCCUCUGUCUAUGCCCUCUGUCUAUGCCCUAUGUUUAUGCCCUCUGUCUAUGCCCUCUGUCUAUGCCCUCUGUCUAUGCCCUCUGUCUAUGCCCUCUGUCUAUGCCCUCUGUCUAUGCCCUCUGUCUAUGCCCUCUGUCUAUGCCCUAUGUCUAUGCCCUCUGUCUAUGCCCUAUGUCUAUGCCCUCUGUCUAUGCCCUCUGUCUAUGCCCUCUGUCUAUGCCCUCUGUCUAUGCCCUCUGUCUAUGCCCUCUGUCUAUGCCCUCUGUCUAUGCCCUCUGUCUAUGCCCUAUGUCUAUGCCCUCUGUCUAUGCCCUCUGACUAUGCCCUCUGUCUAUGCCCUAUGUCUAUGCCCUCUGUCUAUGCCCUCUGUCUAUGCCCUAUGUCUAUGCCCUCUGUCUAUGCCCUCUGUCUAUGCCCUAUGUCUAUGCCCUCUGUCUAUGCCCUCUGUCUAUGCGCUCUGUCUAUGCCCUCUGUCUAUGCCCUAUGUCUAUGCCCUCUGUCUAUGCCCUCUGUCUAUGCCCUCUGUCUAUGCCCUCUGUCUAUGCCCUCUGUCUAUGCCCUCUGUCUAUGCCCUCUGUCUAUGCCCUCUGUCUAUGCCCUAUGUCUAUGCCCUCUGUCUAUGCCCUCUGUCUAUGCCCUAUGUCUAUGCCCUCUGUCUAUGCCCUAUGUCUAUGCCCUCUGUCUAUGCCCUCUGUCUAUGCCCUAUGUUUAUGCCCUCUGUCUAUGCCCUCUGUCUAUGCCCUCUGUCUAUGCCCUCUGUCUAUGCCCUCUGUCUAUGCCCUAUGUCUAUGCCCUCUGUCUAUGCCCUCUGUCUAUGCCCUCUGUCUAUGCCCUCUGUCUAUGCCCUCUGUCUAUGCCCUAUGUCUAUGCCCUAUGUCUAUGCCCUCUGUCUAUGCCCUCUGUCUAUGCCCUCUGUCUAUGCCCUCUGUCUAUGCCCUAUGUCUAUGCCCUCUGUCUAUGCCCUCUGUCUAUGCCCUCUGUCUAUGCCCUCUGUCUAUGCCCUAUGUCUAUGCCCUCUGUCUAUGCCCUCUGUCUAUGCCCUCUGUCUAUGCCCUAUGUCUAUGCCCUCUGUCUAUGCCCUCUGUCUAUGCCCUAUGUCUAUGCCCUCUGUCUAUGCCCUCUGUCUAUGCCCUCUGGUAUGCCCUAUGUCUAUGCCCUCUGUCUAUGCCCUCUGUCUAUGCCCUCUGUCUAUGCCCUCUGUCUAUGCCCGCUGUCCAUGCCCUCUGUCUAUGCCCUAUGUCUAUGCCCUAUGUCUAUGCCCUCUGUCUAUGCCCUCUGUCUAUGCCCUAUGUCUAUGCCCUCUGUCUAUGCCCUCUGUCUAUGCCCUCUGUCUAUGCCCUCUGUCUAUGCCCUAUGUCUAUGCCCUCUGUCUAUGCCCUCUGUCUAUGCCCUCUGUCUAUGCCCUAUGUCUAUGCCCUCUGUCUAUGCCCUCUGUCUAUGCCCUCUGUCUAUGCCCUCUGUCUAUGCCCUCUGUCUAUUCCCUCUGUCUAUGCCCUCUGUCUAUGCCCUCUGUCUAUGCCCUCUGUCUAUGCCCUAUGUCUAUGCCCUCUGUCUAUGCCCUCUGUUUAUGCCCUAUGUCUAUGCCCUCUGUCUAUGCCCUCUGUCUAUGCCCUCUUGUAUGCCCUCUGUCUAUGCCCUCUUGUAUGCCCUCUGUCUAUGCCCUCUGUCUAUGCCCUAUGUCUAUGCCCUCUGUCUAUGCCCUCUGUCUAUGCCCUCUGUCUAUGCCCUCUGUCUAUGCCCUCUGUCUAUGCCCUCUGUCUAUGCCCUCUGUCUAUACCCUAUGUCUAUGCCCUAUGUCUAUGCCCUCUGUCUAUGCCCUCUGUCUAUGCCCUCUGUCUAUGCCCUCUGUCUAUGCCCUCUGUCUAUGCCCUAUGUCUAUGCCCUCUGUCUAUGCCCUAUGUAUAUGCCCUCUGUCUAUGCCCUCUGGUAUGCCCUAUGCCCUCUGUCUAUGCCCUCUGUCUAUGCCCUCUGUCUAUGCCCUCUGUCUAUGCCCUCUGUCCAUGCCCUCUGUCUAUGCCCUAUGUCUAUGCCCUCUGUCUAUGCCCUCUGUCUAUGCCCUAUGUCUAUGCCCUCUGUCUAUGCCCUCUGUCUAUGCCCUCUGUCUAUGCCCUAUGUCUAUGCCCUCUGUCUAUGCCCUCUGUCUAUGCCCUCUGUCUAUGCCCUCUGUCUAUGCCCUAUGUCUAUGCCCUCUGUCUAUGUCCUCUGUCUAUGCCCUCUGUCUAUGCCCUCUGUCUAUGCCCUCUGUCUAUUCCCUCUGUCUAUGCCCUCUGUCUAUGCCCUCUGUCUAUGCCCUCUGUCUAUGCCCUAUGUCUAUGCCCUCUGUCUAUGCCCUCUGUUUAUGCCCUAUGUCUAUGCCCUCUGUCUAUGCCCUCUGUCUAUGCCCUCUUGUAUGCCCUCUGUCUAUGCCCUCUGUCUAUGCCCUAUGUCUAUGCCCUCUGUCUAUGCCCUCUGUCUAUGCCCUCUGUCUAUGCCCUCUGUCUAUGCCCUCUGUCUAUGCCCUCUGUCUAUGCCCUCUGUCUAUACCCUAUGUCUAUGCCCUAUGUCUAUGCCCUCUGUCUAUGCCCUCUGUCUAUGCCCUCUGUCUAUGCCCUCUGUCUAUGCCCUCUGUCUAUGCCCUAUGUCUAUGCCCUCUGUCUAUGCCCUAUGCGGUCAGCAGAACCCCCCACAGCAGCAGCAGCAGCAGCAGCAGCAGCAGCAGAUGGGGUAUGGAGGGGGUGUGGGAGGGAUGGGAGCAGGCGGUUCAGGAGGAGGAGGAGCAGGAGGGGGGGUACUCUGGGAUGGCUCCACUGCUGCUGCAGGGGGUGGGGAGGGUCACAUGGGCGGUAACAACAACACUGUUAUAGUGGGCCCUGAUCCUUUCGCCAAUGCCAUGGUUCCCUUUGGUGCUGGUGCCGCCGGUGGUACUGGCGGUGUGGGGAAUGACGGGGCGGGAGGAAUGGGAGGGGGCAUAUCGGGGUGGGCGUCUGGAGUGGGGAAUGCGAGCAGUGGGGCGGCAGGAGCAACAGCAGCGGCUGCGGCUCUCUUUGGUGGGCCCGGGGGGUUCAGUGGGCACUUGGACGACUUUGGGUUAUCAGAGGAGGACCUGCGUGCUAAGAGCCUGGAGCUUCUUGAGAAUGAGGACAUGCAUCAACAGAUGCAGCAGCUGCUAGGUCUGAUCAAUGACUACACGCCGGCAGGGUCAGCAGGGACCAUCACAGCCAACCUUCAGCAUGAUGACAACGAGAUUGUCUUCCAAGGGGGGUUCCUCACUCCCUCCGCUCCUGGUGGUGCUGUGACUGCUGGAGGCUCAGGAGGAGUUGCCGUAGGGGGAGGAGUUGGUGGGGACGGGGUGGGGCCGGAUGGGGCUUCGCAUUUGAAGCAUACGAGCAAGGUUGGGUGGCUGAAGCUGCGGGCUGCGUUGCGGUGGGGCAUCUUUAUUAGGAAAAGGGCUGCACAGAGGCGUGCGCAGAUUGUUCAGCUGGACGACGACGAUGAUGAUGAUGAGUAG